GACUUCUUAAGACGCUUCGCUAAUCGGGUUCAAGUUUAUGAGCUGCUCUCGCAUCUCAAUCCCUCACUUCCGGUAUUUGGCAUGGGCGAUUGGCGAAGCACGAUGCGAAAACAUGUAGCAGCCCAUCCCGAAUAUCCCUACGUGACUCCCUGGGAAGGGAAAGAGACUGCCGACACCGUCUACGACGACAAGUCUGGAGUUCUGACCCGGAUUCUUAUCGACAAGGGAUAUUUGGAAGGAACUCGUUGGAUCAGCAAGAAGCCGCAAUACUUGAUCGAAGUCAAGACAACACCCGGGGAUGCUACAAGGCCGUUCUUCGUGAGAAAGCAUCAGUACAAUAGGAUGAAGGAGUGUACAGAUGCGUCAAGGUCCUCAAGAGGAUCUUGCACAGCCUAUGUGCUUAUUCGCGUCUUCAACCUCACUACCUCGGACAUUGACUUCGAUAUCUACAUGGACCCGUACGCCCUACAGCAAGAUGGCUCACUAAUCUUCACGGAGAAUACCUGGCAUGUGGUCCCGGCACAAGGCGAUGAAGCUGCUUGA